AUGAAUUUUAUCAUAAUAAAGUAUCUAUUAAAAGUUGUGUUUAUAGUUUUUGGAGUUCAAACUGUGUUUGUCCUCUGUGACAAACCAGUUUGCCCAGGAAAUCAUGAAGUCAAUAAACAAUUUAUAUUCAUAAGUACUUUGGAUGGAAAACUUACAGCAUUAAAUACUGCUAAUGGUGGAACAGAAGCUUGGAAAUUAUCAACUGAGCCAGGAGCAUUGUUAUCUUCUACUAUUGGCCAACCAGAGCUAUCAAAUAAUGGUCUUUGGGUACGAAUGAUUCCAUCGUUGAGUGGCAGUUUGUACACAUUUGAUGGUGAAAAUCUUGAUCGUCUACCAUUUACAGUCGAUUCUUUAUUAAAGUCAUAUUUUCCAUACUAUGAUGGUUUAGCAAUGUCUGGUGGAAAGAUAAGUCGAACAUAUGGUGUUGAUAUGAGCACUGGUCAAUUAUUAUAUAAAUGUGAUAUGGAUCAGUGUAAUAAUUUUCCAACUAAUAGUUUCACGAGCAUAGAUGGAAAUAUUUUGAUUUUACAGACACAAACACAAACUGUCCGAGCAUCAGACACACUUACUGGAAUAGAAAGGUGGAAUUUUAGUGUUGGGUUACAUGACAUAAAAGUAAUUAUGGAUUUAAAUAAUAAUUGUCAUACUACAAAUCCUAGUAUCAAACUUGAUUUUAAAAUAAAUAUUCCUAAUGGAGUUAUCACAGCCGUAGCGUUUGACCGGCCUCAAGAAGUUGUUUGGACUCACAAAUCGGAGUCUCCCAUUGUAAAUGUUUGGAAGUUUGAACAUGGGAAAGUUGAAUCAAUUGAUUUAUUUAAACCCGAUCAAAAUUUGAAUUCUAUAGAUCCUGUAAUUUAUCUUGGCAUGCAUAAGAAACAAUUGUAUAUUCAAGAAAAUGAUAAAGUAUUUGCAGUUAAUCCAAUUUCAUAUCUACAAUCACUUCUUCUUGAAGGGAAUGAAAUUAAUAAAUCUAGGAUACCUUGGAAACCUAUACCAGUUUCUAGUCAAUUAAUUUCAAAAAGUCCUUCGGCUUUACAAACUACUGAUGAUGUAUCUAAGACUACAGCUAUAGCAGUACUAUAUGCAUCAGAGUACAUCAAUGGUAAUGGUUUUUAUCUUAACGGCCCUCAAAAAACAAAAAGAUUAAUAGAUGGAAAGAAAUAUAAAAGUUUUAAUAGUGAAAAUGAAAAUGAAACUGAAAAUGAUCACGAAAGUAUUAUUCAAUAUGAAGAAGGACUUGACAUGCCAGUUGAAAUAAUUAUUGUUUCGCUAUGGUAUUGGUGGAAAGAAGUAUUAUUUAUAAGUGUUAUAACAGCCAUUUUGAUAAACAUCUUUAUUCCGUCUCGUUUAGCACGAAUAAUUACUUUUAUACACAACCGUUCAAAAAAAAAUGAAGGUUUUGAAAAAAGUAUAGAACCGAUUGAAAACAAUAUUGAUUGUUGUAAAGACUCUGGUGUUGAAUUUUCAUUAGACAAUAUUGUUCAAAAACAAUUACAUCCAAUAGUAGAGUUUAAAUCACGAUAUUUACAAGAUUUUGAACCAAUCCAUUGUUUAGGAAAAGGAGGUUUUGGGAUUGUUUUUGAGGCUCGAAAUAAAAUUGAUGACUGCCACUAUGCGAUUAAAAGAAUACCUUUACCAUCAAAAGAAGAAUCUAGAAAUCGUGUACUUCGUGAAGUUAAAGCAUUAGCAAAGUUAGAUCAUCAACAUAUUGUACGGUAUUUCAAUACUUGGCUUGAAGAACCACCAAGUGGCUGGCAAGAAAAACAUGAUGAUGAUUGGUUGAAAAAGUCUGGUGAUAUGGACAUGAAUAGUAAUCUAACAAUGAGUGAAAAACUAGAUACUAAUGUUUGUAAAAAUAAACAUCAUGUUCGAGCAAAAAGUUUGUCAACAUGGAUAACGCUUCCAGAAAGCAGUGAAGAAUUAUCUGAUAUAUUGAAUAACCCUCAUGCAUUACGGUCAUAUAAUGAUAAAAGUGAUUCGUCUUUUAUUGUGUUUGAAAGUCAAAUAAGUGACACCAAUACAAAAGAUUGCGUAUUAGAUAUAAGUUCUGACAACUUAACUAAAGCUAGUAAACGGCGGAGGUAUAAAUCUGAGUGUGAUACAACAAGCAAUGCUCAUAGUGAGCGAAAGACGACUAGACAUUACUUAUACAUACAAAUGCAACUUUGCCAUAAAAAUAGUUUAAGAGAAUGGCUGAAAGAUAAUACUAAAAAUCGAGAUAUGAAGUAUAUUUUAAAUAUUUUUAGCCAAAUUAUACAAGCUGUUGAAUAUGUUCAUUUGCAAGGAUUAAUACAUAGGGAUUUAAAACCUUCAAAUAUAUUCUUUUCAUUAGAUGGCCAAAUCAAAAUAGGUGAUUUUGGUUUAGUUACAGAAAUGAUAGAAUCUGGUGAAGGGAUCAGUAAACACGAAAAUAAAAAAAAAUGGUUAAAUGAACAACACACUGACAGAGUUGGUACCCAAUUGUAUAUGAGUCCAGAACAGAUAUCUGGAACGUCAUAUAAUUUUAAAGUAGAUAUUUACUCCCUUGGAGUUAUAUUUUUUGAAUUGCUCAAUCCUUUUACUACCGAAAUGGAAAGGUUCCAAACGUUAACUCAACUUAGAAAUAAUAUAUUUCCUCCUCAUUUUUUGAAAAAAUGUAAAAAAGAAUACGAUUUGUUAUGCCUAAUGUUAUCACCAGAUCCAACAUUACGCCCAACUGCAUUUGACAUUAGAGCUAUACUACCAUUGAGUUUCCCUGAUUCAAAUUUAGAUCCUACAAUAACUGAUAGCGCUUAUGAGUUUGAACUACAUAACAGAAAAGUAGUACUAUAA